AUCAUUACUCGAACCCGAUCAGAACUAGACUUUACUGGAAACGGCAGCAUUUAAUGUUUAGCUAACAACAAUAGCCGGUGCUAAAAACAAAGAAACAGAAUUUAAAAAAAAACAACUGAAAUAUUAAGUUUAAAGCGGUGAAGAAACCGAAGCUGACUCUUCCCUGUCUCUCGACGGCAAUGGGCACAAAACGACGUCACAAAGCUCCAAGCGUCACACUUCUGCCAGUCUUUGAGACAGCUUUUAUUUUCUUCACGCCAUUUGGAAUUGAAAUCACGUUUUCUUUGACGUUAAAUCAAUUUCUAUGGAAUCUUCUUCAACCUCCGCCACUAGAUUCCGGUUCCGAGAACAAAAUCGACAGCAGAUAGAGGAUGCCGCCGAUUCCGAAACCAGCUCCGGCAUGUCCUCCGUCUCCAGCGACCUCAACAGCGAAAACGAGCUCCAGUCCAUGACUGGAAAGGGAAUUAAGCAUCUUUGUUCGGAGCUUCUUGAGCUAAAGACGGAAUCUGACGAAGAUUUCCACACGAAUAUUUUCUCUAAUUAUUCAUCAUUUGUUAGAAUAUUUGAUGAAGUAAGAGGUAUGGAAAAUGAACUGAUGCAAUUAAAAGGCCAAGUUUUGACACAAAAGAAGCUUGUAAAGGACCUUAUAGAUGGAAUUCAUUUAAAAGUUUUAUCAGAGGAAACAAUUGAUUCAGUUAUUCAAGAAUCUGAAUUUUCUGAACCAACUCCUCAAAGUCAGUUGGCUGUUCAUAUCAACAGCAUUUCAGAAACAUUGGAUAUUCUUAUGAUAGAAAAUAGGAUGGAUGAAGCAAUAGCUAUUAUACAAAGGGAAGAUGAUAAUUUGCAAAGGAUGCAAUUUGAAGACAAUUCUCCUGUGGACUUGUUACUAUUGUAUAAUUCAGCGAUUGCUGAGAAAAAGGCAAUGCUUACUUUACAGCUAACACUGUCGGCUGAAAACACGAGAAUAUCUGCUGCUGAACUUCAGAAAGUGUUAGUUGGAAUUUGUAAACUUGGUGACAGUCAUCUUGCAACUCAAUUGUUGCUUAAGUAUUACCGUUUGCGACUUGCAACUGGAAGGCAUCAUCUUCAGAGUUCACAAUCCUUUUUAGAUGGCUUAUAUGUUAAGAAUCUUGCAAAGUUUGUGUUUUCUAUGAUUUCUCAAGCAGCAAGGAGCUUUAUGAUGUUAUAUGGAGAAAAUUCUCCCCAGGCUUCAGAACUUCUUCAAUGGGCUCGGGAAGAAACCAAAUUGUUCGUUGCUUCAUUUAAUAAAUAUGUAAGGUCCAGUUCUGAUGUAACUGAAGGGUUAUCAAAAGCUGUGGAAGCCAUGCAGUUUGCAAUGUCAUAUUGCUCCUUGUUAAAAUCUCAAAGACUAUUCCUCAAGCCAUAUUUGAUCAAGCAUAUUCGUUCUUGUAUGGAAGAGGUUUUACUGAUACACAAAGACCAUUUUAAGAAAGUUAUCAGUAUGUUCACGGCAACUGAUGAUUGGGUUUUGGGUAGAUAUCUUAUCUCAGGAAUUUUAAGUGAAGGCAAUUAUAUGGUUGCUGGUCAACGGCCAGAAUAUUGUAUACUCACUAGCAGCGGCCGGAAGUUCAUAACACUAUCGCAGGCUAUCAUAGCAGACGUCACCCCCUUACUUGCCAUUCAAAUGGAAGGUUCUAUCCUUAAAGGACUCAUGAAUCUCUUCACAGAGUACAUAGCCAUUCUAGAGAAAGCAAUUACCUUCGAAACACAUGUUUCUGAAAAGGGUUCUAGAAGAAAUUUAGCAAAGUCAUUGCCACAACAGCUUUCUGUGCUGGCUAAUUUAUCAACACUACAGCUUUUCUUCUUCAAGAUUGUUAGAAGUUUCUUAAGGGGUCCUGGUCACCUGAAUUCUAAGCUAGGGAAGAAAAACUCAAUUGAUUUUCUACAAAAGGAACUUGAUGGUUGUAUACUGUUCAUUCAAGAGGCUGUUGCUAAGCUCAGAGCUCAUUUCUGCCAGCAAUUUAUAAAUAGAAUGAUGUCCCCUGAAACUGGAUCUAAACUUAUUGUAGAAACUUGCAGUGAUAACCAACAAGAGCCUAGCAAUUUUCAAGGUGCAAUGCCCUCUGCUGCUUUUCAGGUACUAUUUUUAGAACUAAGAAAAGUUGAUAAAAUUGAUGAAGACAACGUCGUUGAAGAGGAUUGGUUGAUGGAGCUAUUAAGGGAGUUGAUAGCGGCUAUAUUCUCUUGGAUUGUGAACAACAAAGAGAUUUGGAGAAAUACACAAGAGGAUUCACCUGUUCAGCUUUCUGACAUUAUCAGUCAGUUUGUCUUGGACAUGCAUUUUCUGGUGGAAAUCGUGAAGUAUGGAGGAUACUUCUCCAAGAAACCCUUGGUUCUCCAAAGCCUUGUUGAUACAGCGUUUACUUCUGCUGGACUUGAUCCUGAGAGAGAUUUUGAUGGUGACGGAUGGGCUAGAAAUGCUGCAAAUGAAGCAAUGCAAAAGCUACUGGAGAUUGAGAAGAUGCAAUUGAUUUCUAAAGGUGAUUCCACUGAUGGUUUGGAGGAGGAACCAUGUGAAAAUGAGGCAAAUGACCCUGUUCUAGAUGAAAGUACAAGUACUAUGACUGAUUCUCUAGUAGUGUUGGAUGAGGAUUCACCAACCAUGGACGCAGUUGAAAGUAGAAGUACUAUGAAGGAUUCUCUAGUGGUGUUGGAUGAGGAUUCACCAACCAUGGAUGCAGUUGAAGUUGCCAUUACAAUAGAAACAGCAAUGAAAGCAGAAAUCCCUCCUGAAGUUUCAGUAUCUCUUGCUGACGUGUAUGAUUUUCCUGCAGUUGGAUUAGAAGAUGUGGAUGCCGGGAGCGGCACUACCAAAGCAGCCGGUGAACUUUAUUUACCGGAGAAAACUGAUCUGCCAGAUCCGUUCUCAUCUGAUGAUACGAGUGAUGCUUCGGAGCUUAGUGUUCCAGUAAAGGAGGAUGCUGGCAGUGAGGCCGAUGCCAUUGAUUCUAAUGUCAAUGAGCUAGAAUCCAUUUCAGAGCUAAGUCUCCCAGUUAAGGAGGAUGCUGACAGUAAUGCUGAUGCCACUGCUUCUGCCAUUACUGAUCCAGACGGUGAUGGAAAGGUAGUUGACAGAGUUUGAAGUUGCUUCUGCAAUAGCGAAAAGCCAUUGAAAGAAGCACCCUGGGGGAAUACCUCAUACCAUAAACAAAGUGGUCACAGGGAAAUGAUAUAUGUGAAAAUCAUUCAUCUGGAAGAAAACCCAUUUUUGUUUUGCCAUAACAGAAUGUAAGAUACAGAGGAUUUUACUUGAUGAGAUUUUUGAAGGACAUACUUGAUUCAACAGAAAUAAUAAUUUAUACUGUGGAUAGCAAUGCAAGUUUGAAUUAUUAA